AUGACCAUGACCUACAGGAGGCCUAAGCUGGACCUCGCCGGCGACGACCAUGCCCCGCACAAUGAGCUCUCCGCCUCUCCAGUUCCAUGGACGGCAACGACUGGGAUCCCACGCUCGAGCCCGACGAGCUGGGCUAGCUCGACAGCGAGGUCGUCCGCGCCGCCCACCAUGAUUGUGCACAGAACAAGAAGCAACAUCCAUGCCUCUCACCAUGGUAAUCCAAGCCAGGAGAAGGUAGGGGACUUUGACCGGUCGGCUAUUGUUGGAGACAAGGUCGAGGAAGACACAAGAGCACUGGUGACCCAAAUCAUGCAGACGCGAAAGGAUGUCAACAAUAGCAUCAAGGUGGUUGCUAUCGUAGGUGUUGGUGGGAUCGGCAAGACCACCCUCGCCCAGAAGGUCUUCAAUGAUGAGGCAAUCCAAGGUGAAUUCAGCAAAAAGAUAUGGUUGAGCGUCAACCAUAACUUCAGUCAUGUUGAUCUGCUGAGAAGGGCCAUCAUUGAAGCUGGAGGAGAUGCCCAACCGCCGGAAAGUGCAAAGACCACCCUUCAUGAAACCCUCAAGAACACAUUGAUUGACCACAAGACCUUUUUGGUAAUGGAUGAUGUGUGGAACCAUAGAGCAUGGGAUGACGUGCUGAAAAUACCCUUAGUUAAUGUUGCUGCUUCAGGCAGCCGAGUCCUUGUCACUACCAGAGAUGAAGGUGUUGCCCGAGGGAUGAGAGCUAUAUGGCCGUACCACCAUGUCGACACAUUAGUGCCUGAGGAUGCUUGGUCAUUGCUCAAGAAGCAGGUAUGCUCAACUGAGAUAGAUGAAGAUCACAUCAAUACGCUAAAGGAUAUCGGACUGAAAAUUAUACAGAAAUGUGGUUGUUUACCAAUUGCUAUUAAAGUGAUGGGAGGACUCUUGCGUGAAAGAGGGGGGCUACGUCGUGACUGGCAGCAUGUUUUGGAUGAUUCCAAAUGGUCAACAACUAAAAUGCCCAAUGAUCUCAACCACACAGUAUACUUAAGCUAUGAAUAUAUGCCUUCUUACCUGAAGCAGUGCUUUUUAUACUAUUAUUUUCUUCCUAAAAGUAGAAAUUUUCAUAUGGAGCAAGUCGUGGAAAUGUGGAUAAGCGAAGGAUUUAUUCAUGGAAACUCCGGUGAUUUAGAAGAACUGGGAAGAAAUUACUACAAGGAGUUAGUAUCUAGGAACCUUAUAGAGCCAGAUAAAUCGUAUGUUGAAUUAUCGGUUUGCCACAUGCAUGAUGUUGUUCGUUCAUUUUCUCAGUAUAUGACUAAAGAUGAAGCACUCAUAGCUAAAGACGGAGACAAUGAUAUUAUUGCUAAACUUGGUUCACAAAAGUUUCUUCGGUUGUCCAUAGAAACUAGCGAAUCACAGUCAGUUGAACUUGAUUGGAAAUUACUACAGGUGCAUCAAUCAGCAAGAACAUUGAUCUCAACAAUCCAGAUUAAGAUGAUGCCUGGUGAUUCAUUGGUUACUUUUUCUAGUUUGCGGGCUCUGCAUAUAGAAUCUGCAGAUAUGGUUGUAUUGCUUGAAUCGUUGCAUCAACUCAAGCACAUGAGGUAUCUAGCACUAGUAAAUGCUGAUAUAUCUGUACUUCCGGGGAACAUUGGCCAGAUCAAACUGUUGCAAUUCCUUGACCUUUUUGGAUGUACAAAAUUGGUGAGUCUUCCUCAUAGCAUUGUGAAGCUUGACCAGCUGAGGUUACUUUCACUUCCCCAAGCAAGUAUGGUACCUAGAGGGUUUAGUGGUCUGACAAAUAUGAGGAGACUAAAUAUAUUUCGAGCACACAUGGAUGGUGAUUGGGGUAGUUUGGAUGAGUUGGGGCCUAUUUCUCAACUCAGAGUUCUCGAAUUAACCGAAUUAGAGAAUGUAUCUGCUGCCUCAUUUGCUGCUAACGCUAGGAUCGGUGAGAAGAUGCACCUUAUCAGGCUAUACCUAAACUGCACUAGUAAACUGGGAGAUGAUGGGUUAGUCAAUGAGAAGGAAAGUGUCUCUGAGGAAGAGCAGCAACGAAUUGAGAAGGUUUUCGAUAAGCUCUGCCCUCCACAUGGUGUAGAAUAUCUUCAUAUCUACGGGUAUUUUGCCCGGCAACUUCCGAGAUGGAUGAUGUCCACAUCAAUGGUGCCCCUUGACAACUUGAAG